CGCGUCGCACCUCUACUGCGACGCGUUACCGCGGCCAAUCCACGUUGUUUCCUCCGAAUGCGACGGCGACCGACGCGACGCUUUUGAACUCAAAACAUUAUUCGUUCGAUCCACAUCGGAAACAUGCUAUGAGGAAGGAAGACAAGCGGCGAACCCGUGCACGAUUUUAGUCAUUUCUGAGGUGCGCGAUCGAGCGGGUUGAAAGCAUAGUACGUUCGCCGUUGGAGUUGUUUUAUUUUGCACCGUAACGGAAUGCGUCACCAGUGGCGGAAAUAAACAAGUUCUCCGUAGUGUCGAAUUUUAGAAGGAUUUGUUCCUUCAAAAUUUGUGUGGCGAAAAAAUGGUGGAAACAUCGGUGAUAAAGUCAAGUUCGAUGUUAACAUUGAAUGCUAACGGAAAUGCGAAUGCUGAUGCAGUUGAUGUCAGUGCAACGGCAGAUGAUCAUUACAAUCCGUCUGUGAGGAUUUUGCACAUCCCGAAGCAAACGAACGGGUCAUGUGGAUUCCACCUAUCGCGAAGCAAAUGGGACCCGUAUCCUUGGGUCAGUCGGGUGGAUGAAGAAUCGCCGGCAGAAGUAACCGGGUUGAAGGCCGGCGACUGCGUGCUGGAGGUGAACAAUGAAGACGUUCUCGGGAUGCGCAUUGCUGAAGUGGCGAAUAUGGUGCGCUCCAAAUCAGACAUUGUCACACUGCUGCUGUGGAGCACGGGGAUGGAGCCCAGCUGCAACCCGGAAUCACUUUGCUGCGGUCCAAUGCCAAUCAAUCUAGAGCGGCUGUCAGCCAGUAUGCAAACUAUUGUGGCCGCCCUGGAAUGCCCCGUGUGCUUUGACACAAUUCCUCCGCCAGUGUUCCAGUGCCAGAAUGGUCACCUUGUUUGCUCGCGGUGCCGCGUCCGGUCGGAAAAAUGUGCCAUUUGUAGAGAAAAAUAUACUCUAGGAAGGUCGCUGCUGGCAGAACAAGUUUACCAGUCCAUAACCGAAGCAUUCAAUUUAGCGGAAGGCAGCGACGGUAAACUGAGGGAGCGGUUGUUCGGAGCAAAGUGCACCAGAAAGCUUCCAUUUCACAGUGAAGGAAAUUUGCCCGCAGGAAAACAAAUCCACUCCCAUACUCAUAAAUUCUUAGCCAAGAUAAUGGGCAAAUCGUCAUCCGUAGAUAACCUUAGUAAUAAGCAACAUAUGAACCCCAACGGAGAUUUAAAUGCUUCGAAAGGCAAAUCCCUUUCCUUAUCUUCAAGUGAAAUUUUCAAGCGCGAUAACACAAUAUCUGUCCCUCGAUGUACAUCGGCCAACCGGUUGGCACCGGAACUGACUGGAUCCUGCAAUAGUUUGAACACCCGACGAGCAACAUCAUCGUUGUCGUGCAAUGUUUCGGCGGAAAGCCUGAGCAGUAUACCGGAAAAUGGCAUUCAAAUCAUAGUUCCAACCCAGCAGAGCACCUAUUGCUGCCCUUGCGGCGAGUACUGCAAUGAUAAGAUAAACGCUUCCGCUUUGGGCCAUCACGUAACCGACCACCAUCGUACGCCAAUCAUCUCGUUUGGCACAGCGUCGGCCGAGAUUUCACUUCCGCCACGGACACCUGUUGACAACGCAUGCCUGGUGUUGAUUCUCGAUGGUCAUAAAUUUUGGCUGAAAUUAAUCUCGGAUUCGAGCUCCAUUGGGGACAUCUUCAUAUCUGCAUUGCUCCAGGGAUGCGAAUCGGACUGUCAGAAUUAUGCGUUAGAGGUGGUGAUACGGAAAGCUGGCCUUCAUCAGAUAUUGGGGAAGGAGUUGAUUUCACGCUCGGAAAUCCACUCGAUGGAAACUAAAUCAUGGAAUGAUAUCAGCAAUACAAGAGGCGGAGUGUUUUACUCCAGCGAAUGUCUUAAAUCAACGUUCGAUGCGGAAACGGAAAUCUUGCUGAAGGCAAGCAUUAAACGGCUGUCUGAACUUUAAUUGAUUAGCGAUAAUCGGAUUGUAGCAUGUAAUCAAAUUGUACAUAUCAAAUGGAAAAUUGGGUAAUAAGGAAAAAUGUAUCUAAAAUGUAAAAUUUAAAGAAUUAUAAAAGAAAUAUAGUUAUGUUAUCCACAAUCCACAGAUUAAAAAAUAAAAUUUGGAUUUUGAGAAUGUCAAAAACAUAGAAUGUAGAUGAAUGUUAAAUGAUGGAACUUGUGCGAGUGACAGAAAAACAGAAGGACACAAAUUUUACGCGUUAUUUUAGCAAAAAGCAAAGCCGAAUAGAAAUAUAAUUUGAAAAACCCGGAUCCUUGGAUUGCAAUCGUUACGUAGUACUCGUUUAGCUAAACUAACUGACAGUUCGUUUGACUACUCUUGCCUUUGCCUAAGCUCGUCUAUGGAAUCUAUAGUGUCUAUUCAUCUUUGUUGUUUCAUUUCUAAACAUAUUCAUAGUAGGCUCUGAACUGUCAAUUUCCGAAUGAAUGUCAGUGAGUAAGUAUUUAAUUAGAUUUCUAAAACUAAUAAAAUAAUGUAAAACUGA